AAAACUCGUAAAUCCCAAAAUGCUACACUUUGAUAAAAGUGAUCUUGAACUUAUUGUGAACCGGACCACGCCUAUUUAUUGUAUUUUAUUAAUUCCUGUAAUUUGCCAGCGAAUAUAUAAACUCCAAUGACGCUUUGCAAAAUCACAUUUGGACGAACAUUCAAAGACAACUAAAAUGGCUUUCAAAUUCGUAGUAUUUGCUGCUUUCGUAGCUGUAGCUCGUGCCGGUAACAUUGGCUACGCCGCUCCAUUGGCCUACGCCGCCGCCCCAGCCUCCGUCUCCAGCUACUCCACCCAAACUGUAUCUCACUCUGCUCCAGUCGUAUCCACCUAUGCCGUCGCUCCAGUAGUAUCCACCUAUGCUGCCGCUCCAGCCGUACACACCUACGCUGCCGCCCCAGUUGCUGUAGCCGCUCCAGUUGUAACCAAAACAGUCGUAGCCGAUGCUCCAGCUCAAUACGACUACGGAUACUCCGUAAGCGACCCCCACACCGGUGACCACAAAUCCGCCGUCGAAAGCCGUCGCGGAGACUUCGUCCAAGGUCAAUACUCCCUCGUAGACUCUGACGGAACUAAGAGAACCGUAGACUACACCGCUGAUGCCGUCAACGGAUUCAACGCCGUAGUAUCCAAAACUCCUCUUGUUCACGCUGCCCCAGCCGUAGCCACCUACGCCGCUGCUCCAGUCGUAGCCAAAACCGUAGUAGCUGCUCCAGCCGUAGCCACCUACGCCGCCGCUCCAGCCGUAGCCACCUCUUACUCCACCGUAGCUCACGCCGCCCCAGCUGUGUCUUAUGCCUCUCCAGUAGUUAAGGCCGUCGUAGCCUCCGCUCCAGCAGCCGUCUCCAGCUACUCCUCCCAAACCGUAUCUCACUCCGCUCCAGUAGUCAACACCUACUCUAGCUACGCCGCCCCAGCCUACGCUCACACCUACGCAGCGGCUCCAGCUUACGCUCACGCCUACGCCGCUCCAGCUUUGUCUUAUGCCUCUCCAGUAGCUAAGACCGUCGUGGCAUCUGCACCAGCUGCCGUCUCCAGCUACUCCACCCAAUCCGUAUCUCACUCCGCUCCAGUAGUCAACACCUACUCCAGCUACGCCGCUCCAGCCUACGCUCACACCUACGCCUCCGCUCCAGCCUACGCUCACACCUACGCCGCCGCUCCAGCCUACGCUCACACAUACGCCGCCGCUCCAGCUUACGCUCAUGCCUACGCCGCUCCAGCUCUCUCCUAUGCCGCCGCCGCUCCAGUCGUAGGCAAAGUAUGGUAAUUUUUUGAUGUCAUGUAUGAUUUUUAGACCGAUUACUUAUUUAUUUUGUAAAUAAAUAAAAUUUCAAAAAAAUUAAAAUCUUUUAUUAAACAAUGAUUUUAUCCAUUAACGGCCUA